AUGGCCUCCAAUAAUCAAGCCUCGCAUGCGGAAGUCUGGGAUGACUCUAUGCUUGUAAAUUCGUGGAAUGACGCUGUAGAAGAGUAUAAGCGCUACCAUUCUAUUCAAGCACUGGGAGAAGAUGUGGAUGAAUUGAUCGAAGGACAUGAACUGCACAACGAGACAAUGUUCGCAAGCUCCAUAAAUGAUAUACCGAAAGACCAUUCCCAAGACUCAUGUUUACUGAGCAGUGCGAGCCAGACAAGUCACAAUCAAAUACUCGAAAAGAAGCUAGGCCAAGAUCAACUCGAAGAAGCAUCAACAGCAGAUCAGAGUAGUGACACAAAACCUAGCACGGCCCCUCAGGCAAACGAGACUUCUUCAAGUUCCAAUCAAAUUGCAGAUCACCGAAGUACAAAACCUCCAGCACUGCCCCAUCAUCUCAUCGGCCAAGGUGAGACAGACAUCCGGUAUCGAGAUGUUCAUGGAGAUUUACUGACGCGUGGGUCUUUUCAUGCAGUUAACGACGACGGCUUGAAGAAUCUCCUGAUGUCAUGGUAUUAUGCUGGGGAAAUACUAUACGGGGCUCUAUGA